CCUCUGGGAAAAGUGUGGACGUUUGUUGGUGUGAUUUCUCCUCCUUCGAUCUUCCCGAAGCCGAUUGAGGUCAUCAGAGAAAUUUUGUUCAACCACGAAUUUCCGCUUGACAAUCAGCGGUCAUCUACAAAACUUCGACACACAGUCCAGCAAUCGGUAAGAGGGUCUUGGGUAUUAGAGCUGCUGUUACGGUUCCUUCAACCUUGAUACACAAUUGCAGAAAACUGCCCGCUCGUGCAGCGUGCCUAGGGGACUUCAGUUAUCGUAGGAUUGCUUUUGCUGCAGCAUGGACCCCAAUAGCUUUGGGGAUGAAAAAAGUGAAUGCAGACUCUAUAUUGGCAACCUUGAUAUGCGAAUAUCAGAGGGCGCUUUGAUUAAAAUGUUCUCUCCAUAUGGAAAGAUUGUAGCUGAGGACUUCUUGUGGCAUACUCGUGGGCGAAAACGUGGGGAGCCUCGUGGGUUUGCUUUUGUUCAAUUUAGCACAAAAGAGGAAGCUGAACUGGCCAAGGAGAAGAUGAAUGGGAAAUUGGCUGGUGGUCGACCAUUGGUUGUACGCCUUGCGAGCGAAAAAAACUUGGUGGAAACAACUGAGACUUCUUCUAAACCAAUUGGUGUGGCGAAGACUUCGAGUGUUGCUGUCAGUAGUUCAGGACAAACGAGCCGAAGUGCUAAAAUAGCUGCCAUUAAAAACAAACUAAAGGCGAUGGAGGAAGAAAAUGGAGGCUCCAAGAAGCAGAAGCAGGACGAUGGCGCCCUUCUAUCUGUCAGAACGUCAAAUUAGCUAAGCUGCUAAGAUACUGAAAGAAAUGUGUACAAUGGGGAGGAGAGUCUUUUUAGGUCCCUUCAGAAUUCACCUUCUUGCGGUUAGGGAUCAGACAUCAUGGCUGCAAGAACUUAAACCAGUUUAACAUGAUUAUGGCUUUGAAUUCGAUUGUACUAAACAAAGCUAGUUGGAUUUCUGAGAAAGAAGCGAUAAUGCUAAUCUUAUCGGCAGUUUCUUGUA